GGGGUAGUUGGCAUUUCCAGAAUUAGUUGUCAAAGUGACAAUUAUUUCGCUCAUCGCAUUGUGGAGCAGAAGGCUGUGAACAUUUCGUAUUUAACUUUCAAAAGUAAGCGUGUUUGUUUAAAAUGGAUGAUGAGGCGGAAACUUACAAGCUUUGGCGUAUCCGCAAAACUAUAAUGCAACUGAGCCAUGAUCGUGGAUAUCUCGUAACACAAGAUGAAUUGGAUCAAACCUUGGAGCAAUUUAAGGAAAUGUUUGGUGACAAACCAAGCGAAAAACGACCAGCACGUUCGGAUCUCAUUGUUUUGGUAGCACACAACGAUGAUCCGACGGAUCAAAUGUUUGUUUUCUUUCCGGAUGAACCAAAAAUUGGUAUAAAAACUAUCAAAACCUAUUGUACAAGAAUGCAAGAAGAGAACAUCCAUCGCGCGAUUGUGGUAGUUCAAGCGGGUAUGACACCAUCAGCCAAACAAUCUUUAGUUGACAUGGCACCCAAGUACAUACUGGAGCAAUUCCUUGAAUCGGAGCUAUUGAUCAACAUAACCGAACACGAGUUGGUGCCUGAGCACGUAGUUAUGACCCCGGAGGAAAAACAAGAAUUGUUGGCACGUUAUAAACUAAAAGAAAAUAUGUUAAUGCGUAUACAAGCAGGUGACCCGGUGGCGCGUUACUUUGGUUUAAAACGUGGCCAAGUAGUUAAAAUUAUACGUUCCUCAGAAACGGCUGGACGUUAUAUAUCCUACCGACUUGUUUGCUAAGU